AUGCUCUCCCUAUUGGAGCAGAAUCCUGAAAUAGCUCGUGGGUUUUUUAAGGGAGAUAAGCAGGAUAUAGAACGGUUCUGGCGAAGAGCUGAAGAGGAAUUGAAUUCACUAGGCCCACCUAAUAAAAAUAAGACUGAAUGGAAAAAGGUGUGGACUGAUCAAAAGAAAUACGUGCGGCAGAAAGCAGGCCAAAAUUUGCAGCAUAAGAAUGGUACAGGUGGAGGACCAAAUAGAGAGCAUAAGUUUUCAUCAACAGAACAAAGUAUUUAUGAUUUAAUUGGUAUGAAAACUUCCGUUGAAGGUGUAGAUGAAAAUAAUUUCGGUCUAGAGUCACCAAGUAAAAUUAAUGAAAUUCCAGAAAUACCGCCUGAGACGGAUAUUUUAUGA